UUGGACUAAAGAAAUCAAACUCAUCGGUCAUAUCCUCUCCUAUAUAACUAUUCCUUUGCCAGCCUCUUAAUUUAUAUCGAACGUCGAAACAAAGAAAAUCAAAAUCUUCUGUUUUCUCUGUUAUCAAAUCCCUUUUCAAAUCAUCGCCAUCAGUUUUCUCAUAAUAGUCUUUUAGAAGAUGCAGAUCUUCGUGAAAACCCUGACUGGCAAGACCAUAACUCUCGAGGUAGAGAGUUCUGACACCAUCGACAACGUCAAGGCCAAAAUUCAGGACAAGGAAGGGAUCCCACCUGACCAGCAGCGUCUUAUCUUCGCUGGCAAACAGCUUGAAGACGGUCGUACCUUGGCGGAUUAUAACAUCCAGAAGGAGUCAACUCUUCAUCUGGUCCUCCGUCUUCGUGGGGGUAUGCAGAUCUUCGUUAAAACCUUAACAGGCAAGACCAUAACUCUUGAGGUCGAGAGUUCGGACACAAUUGAUAACGUCAAGGCCAAGAUCCAAGACAAGGAAGGCAUCCCUCCCGACCAGCAGCGGCUCAUCUUCGCUGGGAAACAGCUUGAGGACGGCCGUACUUUGGCUGAUUAUAAUAUCCAAAAGGAAUCAACUCUCCACCUUGUCCUCAGGCUGCGUGGAGGCAUGCAAAUCUUUGUCAAAACCUUGACAGGGAAGACUAUAACCCUGGAGGUCGAGAGUUCGGACACAAUUGAUAACGUUAAGGCAAAGAUUCAGGACAAGGAAGGGAUCCCACCAGACCAACAACGUUUGAUCUUUGCUGGUAAGCAGCUUGAGGACGGGAGGACCUUGGCUGAUUACAAUAUCCAAAAGGAAUCGACCCUUCACCUUGUUUUGAGGCUUCGUGGAGGAAUGCAGAUUUUUGUUAAGACCUUGACUGGAAAAACAAUCACCUUGGAAGUGGAAAGUUCCGAUACAAUUGACAACGUAAAAGCAAAGAUUCAGGACAAGGAAGGAAUCCCCCCAGAUCAGCAAAGGCUUAUCUUUGCUGGCAAACAAUUGGAGGAUGGAAGGACUUUAGCUGAUUAUAACAUUCAGAAAGAGUCCACCCUUCACCUUGUUCUUCGUCUCCGUGGUGGGCAGUGAUUAUUCUAAAAGAAAGAAAUUUGUCUUUGUUUGUAGUUGAGAUUGUCAUAAUAAUCCAUAAGGGAAGGUGCUUGUUUUUCUUGUUUUUUUAAUAUGUGAUUUCCAGGUCUUUUGUCUUCUGUAAGAUGUUAAUCUAAGUACCUUUAAUUCUCCUCUGGAAUAAAAGUUGGUGAUCUUUUCGUUA